CUGUUAUCUUUCACUCACUUACCCAUCACACCCUUUGCCGUUCUUGGUUUUCCGGCGAGCCUGUAAAGAACAAGCCGCCGGCGCCGGGAAGAGAUGUCGCAGGUGGCCGGAAACAAGGUCUCCAAUGGGUUGCAGGGUAGGCAUUAUCCUGCACCCCAUGCUACCCAUGAGGAAGUUGUCAAAGACCCUGUUGUUUUCUGGGACACUCUCAGGCGCUUCCACUUGAAGAUGAAUACCAAGUUUAUGAUCCCUGUGAUUGGAGGAAAGGAGCUAGAUUUGCACAUAUUAUAUGUAGAGGUAACACGGAGGGGUGGCUUUGAGAAGGUUGUUGCAGAGAAGAAAUGGAGGGAAGUGGGUGCCAUUUUCAUGUUCUCCCCAACAACAACAAGCGCUUCUUUUGUGUUGAGGAAACACUACUCAACUCUUCUCUACCAUUAUGAACAGGUUUACUUCUUUAAGACACAGGGUCCUUUAUGUACCCCUACAGCUACUGCAUUUUCCAUUAGUAACCGUUCUGAGUCUGCAGAGAAACCUGAGCUUGCUCUGGUGGAAUAUUCCCCCAAACACAUAAAAGAUCGUCCGCAUGUCAUUGAAGGUACGGGAACCAUUGAUGGGAAAUUUGACUGUGGCUAUUUCAUAACUGUGAAAUUGGGUUCGGAAGUUCUCAGCGGAGUUCUCUACCAUCCUAAUCAGCAGCCUCUACCUGGUCCUUCUUCUAAUCCAAUUAGUCCAGCUCCCCAACCUGUUAAUGCCAUUGUACCAUACAACAAAAGAUCUUGUCGUCUUUUGGGUUCGAAGUCGAAGAGGAGGAGGAGAAGAAGGGGGGGAGAUCCUAACUAUCCAAAACCCAACAGGAGUGGCUAUAAUUUCUAUUUUGCUGAAAAGCAUUACAAGCUCAAGUCCCUCUACCCAAACAGAGAAAGGGAGUUUACCAAGAUGAUAGGCGAGUCUUGGAGCAAUCUCACUGCAGAAGAGAGGCUGGUUUACCAGAAUAUUGGGUUGCAAGACAAAGAAAGAUACAAGAAAGAGCUGAAAGAGUACAAGGAGAGUAUGAAGCUCGGGAGUCAGGCAGUCGAGAGAUUGAUCAAAAGUUGAUCACUAGAGCUUAAGAAGAGAGUCGAGAGAUUGAAUCAGCUUUGGGUUGUGUGCGCAUAUGAGAGAGAGUAGUCUCUGGUUGUCAAAAAGGAAGUUUAUGCAACCAUUUUACGGUGCACGAUGAUCAAAUUCCUAAACUUUAGCUUUAAUAUGAGGGGCACUUAACAACUCCUUCCUGGUUGUUUCUAUCGUUUCUGUGAAGAAUGCGUCUGUUUCAUUGGUUUUAGUUAGUUUCUAAUGUAUAAAAUGGUAUUUGGUAAUUCAUUAGAAACAAGGGGAAACAAACAGUUUGUAGAUCCGGCUCAGCUGCAUGCAGCUGG